UAGAGGCUUACUGCAACCUCAGGUUGGGUUGACUACAAAUAUUAGCUCAGAGAGGACCAUCCAAGCAACCGGGGCCUGCUGCUCAGCUCACUGUUAUUUCUCUUAUUUGAACUCUCUCUCUCACUCUCUCUCGCUGUAUCUCUCUCUCUCUCUCUCUCGUUCCUCUCUUUCCUCUCUCUUUCUCUCUCUGGCUCUGACAGCUGAUCCCUGGUCAGAUCUCCUGGAUUAAUUGGAUAGCUAUUCAUUCCCUCUGGGCUCAUUCGGAAGCCAUUUUAUUAGCUGUUGUAGGCUAGAAGAAGAACCGUUGUCCUGUGACCUGUGAGCUUGUCUUUCAGAAAACAAUCAAUCAGUUUAUUUUCUUUUUAAUUUGAGCCACAUACUUGUCAGAAUGAAGGACCGUCUGGCGCAGCUGAAGGAGAAGAGUGACGCUGGAGGGGAUGACAUCGAGGUUCCUGUGGAGAAUGAGGCUUUUAUGGAUGAUUUCUUUGCUCAGAUUGAUGAUAUCCGUAUCAGCGUUGACAAGGUUGAUGAGAGCAUCACAGAAAUCAAAAAACUCUACUCCACCAUCUUGUCGGCCCCCACAUCUGACCAGAAAACACAAGAUGACGUUGAAGCUGUCACCAAUGAGAUCAAGAAGUCAGCCAACAACGCCAGAAACAAACUGAAGAGUAUUGAGCGGCAGCUGGAGUCAAACACAGAUGACAGGGCCUCUGCUGACCUCAGGAUACGCAAGUCACAGCAUGGUAUCCUGGCCAAGAAAUUUGUGGAGGUGAUGACAAAGUACAACGAGGCUCAAGUUGACUUCAGAGAUAAGAGCAAAGGAAGGAUUGCACGACAGCUAGAGAUCACGGGGAAAGCAACGACAGAUGACGAGCUGGAGGAGAUGCUGGAGGGAGGGAACUCGGCUGUGUUCUCUGCUGGGAUUAUGGAGUCGAAGAUCAACCAGCAGGCCCUGAACGAGAUCGAGGCUCGUCACAAAGACAUCAUGAGGCUGGAGAGCAGCAUCAAAGAGCUCCAUGACAUGUUUGUGGACAUCGCCAUGAUAGUUGAAAACCAGGGUGGCAUGAUUGACAGGAUUGAGAGCAACAUGGACCAGUCUGUGGGCUUUGUAGAGAGGGCGGUAGCAGACACCAAGAAAGCUGCCAAAUUCCAGCAGGAGGCACGCAGGAAACAAAUGAUGAUCUUCUGCUGCUGUGUGAUUCUGUCCCUCAUCAUCGGGUCGUUUCUCUACAGCUUCAUCACAUAGAAAACCUGAGGCCAUCUGCCAGCGGAGUCCACACAGUAGAGGAGGAGGAGGCAGAGCCAAGUGUUUCUCAGAUGGUCACAAAGAGCCGUUUGCCAUUGUUUCAGCUCAUUCAAAAUGGAAGUCCAGGCCACAACUGUUUGCAUUCAUUUUCGGUUAUUUCUGAAUAUGGUCACGGCAACGUUCUAAAACUUUUCAAGGUGCCCCACAUUCAUAUUCCGUUUCAGUGUAGUUUCUGGGUGAUUAGUAAGCUCAGCAGACGAGGAUGGCGGAAGCAGCAUGAAAAACAGGAAUUAAACAAAAUAUUAGACACACCUUUUAAUGUGCUUCAGUCAAAUAUCACGUCAUAUUGACCACAGUCGAACCAACAAACCUCUGGUUCCAAAAGAGACCGUGGACUUCAUGUUUCAUGAAUAUGAGAGGUGUUGUAGGACUGUUACAUUGUGUAGCUGGACCUGGUAAAGUGAACAAUCAGUUUAUCUCCCUUAGAAACAGUCAAGAUAGAAGAUGAAAGAAAAUGCUGUGUACACAAUGAGCAGUCGGUUGUGUGAAUGAUCCUUCAAGUCCCAUUUGGGCUCUGAGCUCAGUAUUAUCUUUACUGUUGCCGUGUUUCUAUGAGUUGGAAUGGUAUUAGGUGCAGGAUUUGUCAGUUAUUGUUGGAGGAGUGUUGAUGUUAGAUUAUUCGAAUCUGGAGAGGGAAAAGAGGAAAAGGGGUCAGCAGGAUAUUCAAAACAUUUCUUUUGUUUUCUGUCUUUUGUUUUUAUUUACUUCUUCAACUUUUCACAUAAGAAAAAUGUCCUUAUUUGUAGGCUGUGUGUGUCCCACCAUACCUUUAACUCACAAAGCUGUCAAACCUGAAAGAAUGUCUUGGAUUAAUUAGUAUCUCAGAUUAUUCGAAUACACUGAGCAGUUGUCAGGAUCUGCCUCCACAUGAGGCGUGAGGAAGGUUGUUCUAUCUGACGUGUGUUAUUAUAAGUAAAGAAUAAAUAUAUAAGUAAAGAAUAAAAA